AUGUUGGAUUCCAUUCCCGGCCGAGUGUUUGUUGUUGGCGUUUCGUUGUUGAUCGCCACCAUCGCCUACUCAUCGCAAGCUUUCAUUUUCUUGCCGGCCAUGGGAUGGUGGUCCAUUAAGGCUGCCAAGUCAUUGAUCCCAUUCAACCUGCUUGUUCUCAUGAUCUAUUACAAUUAUUAUUUGGCUUGCACAACUGAUCCUGGUCCAGUACCUCAAGGAUGGGAACCACCUUAUUCGACCUUACAACCUCAAGAAGGCUUAUCAGCAACCGAUACGGGUAUUACUGGUCCGCGAUACUGCAAAUCAUGUAAAGUGUAUAAGCCGCCUCGAACACACCAUUGUCGCUACUGCCGUCGCUGCGUAUUGAAAAUGGACCACCACUGUCCCUGGAUUGCCAACUGUGUUGGCCACGACAACUAUCCCCACUUUAUUAGAUUCAUUCUCUUUGUCGAUAUUGCUUGCAGUUAUGCACUCGGUUUGCUAGUGUGGCGAGUACGAUCUAUCAUGAAUGAUAUUCGUCAUUUUCGGCCAACAACAACCGAGAUUGUGUUUCUAGUACUGAAUUUUAUAUUGGCCUUUGUCGUCUUGUUCUGCGUUGGCAUCUUGAGCAUAUACCACAUGUACUGCAUGUCAAGGAAUCAGUCGUCUGUCGAGAGUUGGGAGCGAAGUAAAGUCAACACCCUUAUCAAACGAGGCAAGAUACUACCGAUCAAAUACCCUUUUGAUGUUGGAUUCUACCGAAACAUAUGCUCAGUAUUAGGCAACAAUCCGUUGACAUGGCUAUGGCCCAAGAAACCUACAAGUGAUGGUUUGGUAUUCCCC